AGCUGGGGGGAUACAUGCGGCUCCUCACUCACUACAUCGUAAAUUCGGAAUCUAUUCUGGACAGAGUUGAGGACAGACUACUCUUCUCGCGCUAAGCGCGUUCGUAUGAGCUGGCUAGCUCGCGCUGUCAGCUAAUGAAUUCACCCCUGAUCUCUCAGUCACGCCACGAGCUGGGGGGAUACAUGCGGCUCCUCACUCACUACAUCGUAAAUUCGGAAUCUAUUCUGGACAGGGUUGAGGACAGACUACUCUUCUCGCGCUAAGAAAAUGAAAUGAUGUUCAGCUGCCAGCCCCUCCUUUCAGUAAAUCAAAUCAACUCUUGGAUUUAGGCUACUCCUGCGCUGCUCUAAAAACCGUGCCACAUUUUGACUUAAGAGCUGGUUCCUGCAGUACUUCAGGACAAUGACGGUCAUCAACGCUCCACAGGACAAGUAUAAUGCGGUUUGGUUAAUUUUCUUCGUCCUUGGCUUGGGAACCCUCCUGCCAUGGAACUUCUUCAUGACUGCAACCAUGUACUUCACCAGCCGACUGAAGGACCCGGCCGUCGAAGGCUCAGCGAAUCUGACGGCCAAUGCCACGGUAGUGGAUGGAGACACGAGGAACGUCCUGGAGUCCAAGUUCAACAACGUGAUGACCCUGUGUGCCAUGGUGCCCCUGCUUAUCUUCACCUGCCUUAACUCCUUCAUCCACCAGAGGAUCCCUCAGAAUUGGCGUAUCGCUGGCUGCCUGUCUGUGAUCCUGGUGGUGUUCCUGUUGACGGCGGUGCUGGUCAAAGUGGACAUGAGCCCUCUCCCAUUCUUCUGUCUCACCAUGAUCAAAAUCAUCUGCAUCAAUUCGUUUGGGGCAGUACUGCAGGGCAGUCUGUUUGGCCUGGCUGGGAUGCUGCCGGCCUCCUACACUACACCCAUCAUGAGUGGACAGGGCCUCGCCGGGACCUUCGCUGCCUUGUCUAUGAUCUUUGCCCUGGCCAGUGGCUCGGCCCUACAGGACAGUGCCUUUGGCUACUUCAUCACAGCGUGCAUGGUCGUCUUCCUGGCCAUCCUGUCCUACCUCGCCCUGCCCAGAAUGGAGUUUUUCCAGUACUACCUGGAAAGUAAUGGAUCCAGGCCAGCCGGAGGAGAUGAGGAGAACAAGAUGGACCUUUUGACAAAAGACAGCCCAGCAGAGAAGAGGCCGGUGGUCAGUCUGACAGAGGAAGAAACCAGGUCCACCAUAUCUGUGUUUUCCAUCUUUAAACGGAUCUGGGUAAUGGCCCUCUCUGUGUGCUUCGUGUUCACCAUCACCAUCGGAACUUUCCCUGCAGUCACAGUUGACGUCAGGUCCACCGUGGCCGAUGGGGGUGCCUGGGAUACAUACUUCAUCCCUGUUGCGUGUUUCCUGCUCUUCAACUUGAUGGACUGGGCAGGCAGGAGUCUGACGGGCGUGUGUAUGUGGCCCGGUAAGGACAGCGUUAUCCUGCCCGUCAUGGUGGGUCUCCGUGUAGUCUUUGUACCUCUCUUCAUGCUGUGUAACGUCCAGCCCAGGAACUACCUGCCCGUGCCGUUUGCCCACGACGCCUGGUACAUCCUCUUCAUGAUCCUCUUCUCCUUCAGCAACGGAUACCUGGCCAGCCUGUGCAUGUGCUUCGGACCAAAGAAAGUGGCACAACACGAAGCGGAGACGGCCGGCACCAUCAUGGCGUUCUUCCUGUCUCUGGGUUUGGCUCUAGGAGCCGCUCUGUCCUUCGUCUUCAGAAUCAUUAUCUAGACCUGGAGUCCCCGAAACACCACCCCUCCCCUCAGAACACUUUCUUCUUACCUACCUGCCGUGGAGGAGGGUUGGGGGAGGUGGUGAACUUUGCCCUGCUAAUUGUUUUGUUCUUCUCACACGGCAGCAACGCUACAACACUCAGCCUCUGAGUCUCUAUGCUUCCCAUCCUGCCACUGACUGAUGAUACUCUUUCAUUAUGAAACAAUGCAAAGUUCAUCUAGUUCAGCUGCCUAUGUUACUGCUCUCAUAUCUUGUUCUAGUUGCCAACAUCUAUCAUAUCUCUCAUCCUCCAGGGACCAUGGUGGAAGACAUGAGUUCUCUCCACUCAAGGGUGUAUUUCAGUUUAUAGAUCAAAAUGCCGCUAUGAGCCAUAUGAGUCAUGCAUAUUUACAUGGAUUGCGAAAUGAUUGUGAAACUGCCAGGUUUUUAUGUCUUGGUGUGUGUUAUCAUUGAAUUGUAUGGGCACUCAAGUUUAGAAUGUUUUAAAUCUCAAUGGAGUUUUACCAGCCUACGUUAGUGUGUAAAUGCUCAUUAUGGUAUUGCCUUGCUCUGACAUUUAAAUAUAUUUUGUAGUAUUUCAGUAUUUUAAGCACUGCGACAAAUAUGUAGCCAUUAAUUACAUGCGUUGUGCUAGCGAACGGUGAGGGGAGCAGAGUUUGUAAACUCAGCCGAACAUUUGCGCUGUCAGGUUGACAUUUUAGGGUUUUAUCAUUAAAACAUUUUGUAUCAGA